GUAGUUAUCGAAUUCGCGUGCUGUUGAUUUGGGGUUUUUGGGAAAUUGGUUCGAUUGUCGGUGAUGGGCAAGAAAUGGAAAUGGGUUUUCGAUUGGCAUGCUCUGUUUGUGUUGUUCUUGUUGAUUCUCUGCUUAAACCCUUCCCAAUCAGUGGAGCUUCACCCGGAAGACAGAGCCUCUCUUUUGAUGUUUAAAUCAUGGCUCCAAGACCCUAAUCAGAAUUUGUCAAGCUGGGUGGGUUCUAACUGUUCAGAUUGGGCUGGAAUUUCUUGUGAAAACAAGACUGGGAGAGUGGUUUCCAUUCAACUGGUUGAUAUGAACUUGUCUGGUCAAAUUAGCCCUGGAUUCUGUAACCUCUCAUUUCUUGAGCACCUGGUUUUGUCCCAGAAUAACUUUUCUUGCUCGAUUCCGCUGUGUUUGGGCAGUUUGAUCCRCCUUCGGACCGUGGAUUUGAGUCGGAAUCGGUUCCAGGGCGCCGUGCCUGAGACAUUGAUGAAGCUUGAGAUCUUGGAGGAGCUUGUUUUGGUUGGGAACCUAGACUUGGGGGGUCCUGUUCCUUCUUGGAUUGGGAACUUCUCAACAAAGCUGCAGAAACUUGAUCUGGGUUUCAACUCRUUUAGUGGUGAACUGCCUGAGAGUUUGUUGAACUCGACAUCGCUGAGGUUUUUGGAUCUUCGAAACAACUACUUGAGGGGCAGUGUGUUUGAUUUCCAUCAGCCUUUGGUUUCGCUCAAUCUCAUGUCGAAUCGGUUUUCUGGGACUUUGCCUUGUUUUUCAGCUUCUGCUCAGUCUCUCACUGUUCUGAAUCUGGCUAACAAUUCUAUUUUUGGAGGAGUACCGACGUGCAUYGCGUCGCUUCGUGCUUUGGUUCAGUUGAAUCUAUCGUCCAAUCAUUUAACUUACAAGAUGUCGCCUCGACUCCUSUUUUCGGAGCAGCUACUUGUGCUGGACUUGAGUAACAAUGAUCUAUCUGGCCCUCUACCGAACAAGAUUGUGGAGACGAUAGAGAAAUCGGGGCUUGUUCUUCUUGACUUGUCUCACAAUCGAUUUUCAGGUGGAAUUCCAUCAAAGAUCACAGAACUGAGGAGUUUGCAGGCUUUGUUUCUGUCACACAAUGUCCUUGUGGGGGAAAUUCCUGCAAGGAUUGGGAAUCUUACUUAUCUCCAAGUCAUUGAUCUCUCACAUAACUACUUAUCGGGCUCGAUUCCGUUGAACAUUGUCGGAUGCUUUCAACUACUUGCUUUGAUACUUAACAACAAUAAUCUUUCUGGAGAGAUUCAACCCGAGCUCGAUGCAUUGGAUAGUCUGAAGAUCUUGGACAUCAGCAACAACAUGAUUUCUGGUGAAGUCCCAUUGACUCUGGCAGGAUGUAAAUCAUUGGAGAUUGUCGAUUUAAGCUCCAACAAUCUCUCGGGAAAUUUGAACGAUGCAGUAACGAAAUGGUCGAACCUGAGAUAUCUCUCCCUCGCUCGCAACAAAUUCAUUGGAAACCUACCUAGUUGGCUGUUUGCAUUUGAAGUCAUUCAGCUGAUGGACUUCUCAAACAACAAAUUCUCCGGCUCCAUACCGGACGUCAACUUCAACAUUAGCUCAAAUUUUAACAGUGGCAACAUCAGUAGACCGUCGAAAGAAGCGUUUGCGGGAAAGAAGGUUGUGGACUUCAAAGUUUCUACAGUUGUGGAUGUUGGGAGCGAGUUACGAUUCAACUAUGAUCUGUUAUCAGCUGUUGGAAUCGACUUGUCGAAUAAUGUACUACGCGGGUCGAUCCCAGACGGUCUAUUUUCACUAGAGGGUGUGCAAUACUUGAACUUAUCACACAAUUCUCUUGAAGGUGAGCUUGGUGGGGUAGAGAAAAUGCAGAGAGUGAGAGCCUUAGAUUUGUCCCACAAUUAUCUGUCUGGUGAGAUCCCAGGAAACAUAUCCAGCCUUGAGGAUUUAACUCUCCUCGAUCUGUCGUAUAACUGCUUCUCGGGUUUGGUUUCGGAGAAACAGGGAUUCGAGCGGUUUCCAGGAGCAUUUGCUGGGAAUCCAGACUUGUGUGUGGAGUCUUCGGGCGAAGGGUGUCGCUCGACCGGUAUUCCAACUGUUCCGGGGAAGAUAUUAGAUAACGAAAUGGAGGGACCGAUAUCGGUUUGGGUUUUCUGUUUGAGUGCCUUUGUAAGUUUCUACUUUGGUACUGCUUCCCUUUUGUGUUCUGCUAGAGCAAGAAACUACUUCCUCCACACCAAACCUUAAUCACAUCUGUGGAACCAACUCAUUAUCAAAUAUCUGUAUAUUCCUUUUACAUCUUUAGUCUAUUCUAUUACUUGAGGCCUUUUUUUCCUUUUAAUACUUUCCUUUUGUAAUAGAAUGAAGGGAAAUCUUCCAAUGACACAACUACUCUAGACCUUUGUGCCUUUUUUCUUUAAUAUAUUUUCAAAGCUAGUGUUGAUA